AGCGUCAGUCGCGCGUUUAUCCCGUUCACGCAUUGACACUUCUACUCUAUUUAGAUUUUUUCAUAAGGAUAGGUCGAAAAUGGACCCCUCGGUCGAAGCGUCGAAAAAGGGGGCCAAGCCGAAGGUGCCGCCGAGACCAAUCAACCUGCUGCACCUGGGGAGUCCGGGGUCUCUCAGCCCCCUGCCGAGUCCUCGAAAACCUCCCCCGAGUCCGGUGAGUCCCAGACCGCCAUCGAUAGAAUCAGAGAACCGGAAAUCGUCGUCCAGUCCACCAGUCAGUCGUUUGAAGCAACGCUUCGGACGUCUCUUCUCUUUGGGGGGCAGCUCAAGUCAGCCCCCGAGCCCCACGUCAUCGGACAGAAGCCCGAGUUCAGACGGAGCCACAUUUGAAGAACUAAACUCGCCGGGCCGGACCCGGAAAAACAAGAGGAUGGCGUGGGCCAGUUUUUCGUCAGAUCCUGGAAAGCCGCAGAGCCCAAUUUUUCCCAGGAGGAGCAACUGGAAGUCGAAAUCGGAUUCGGCUAAAGUUGUCAAGGCGAUGCGACAUGGUGUGAUCAACCCUCAGACGCCAGCCAUCAGGGUGUACAGCCUGUCGGAAACAACGGCCGCAGGGAGACAACAAGCAGAGGCGAAUCAGAUUUACUCGACGACCAAUCCACACACGAAAAGUAGCCCAAGUAGUCCUGCUGACGACAAGUUGAAGGGCACCACACACGAUCUUUUCGAGUUGCUCGAGAGGGUUCAAAGCAGCCGGUUAGACGACCAGCGAUGCGUCCUUCCACCCUAUGUCAAACAGACCUCUCGAGAUGACUCCAAGUUACCGGCGCCGACAAGUGCGGCGCCUUCGGCCGCGGCGACGGCCAUCCCCGUGGUGCCCAUCACGCCGCCGGCCUCGCAACGCCUCCUGGAAGAGACCCUGCAGAGGCCCGGCCCGUACCCCAUGGUGGUGGUGCCCACCAGUGGUGGCUACUGGAUGGACGGCCCUGAGCAGGAGUGCGCCUUCGACCAGCGUGGCGAACCGGUGCUGCCCGCGGCCGCCUCCGCACCCGCCCCCGGCUGGAAAGUCAAGUUUGAGACGGACGAGACUGCCAAGUGCUACCGGAGGUUCUUCAUGGGAAGGGAACACUACAACCUGGUGGCCGAUGACCCUGUCUUAGGGCCAGCGUUGCUGUCCGUCAAGAACGAACUGAUGGCCGGCCAGGAACACACAAGGCUCGUCCUUCGACUCAAGUCAGGCACCGUUCAUGAACUGCUGCCAAACACGUGCAUCCAACAAACACCGAACCCCGCCAAAUUGGCAAAGAUGCUGAAUGAGGAAAUCACGGCAGACAAGUUCAACCCGAUCCUGUGUCCAAAGGCGUCCGACCUGAUCGCAACCUAUGACGAACACGUCCUUGUGUCCACCUUCAAAUUCGGCGUCCUGUACCAGAGAUUCGGCCAGACGACGGAGGAGCAAUUGUUCAGCAAUCCUUCGCCAUCGCCGGCGCUAGACGAGUUUCUCAGCAUGCUCGGUAGGAGGAUCAGGCUGAAGGAUCACAAAGGGUACCGAGGCGGUCUGGACAUUCAGUUCGGCCAGACGGGUGAAGAGGCUGUGUACGACGUCUUCAGGGACAGAGAGAUCAUGUUCCACGUGUCGCCACUGCUACCGUACGCGGACAACGAUCCGCAACAGUUGCAACGCAAAAGGCACAUAGGAAACGACAUAGUGGCUAUCGUUUUCCAGGAGACGAACACUCCGUUCGCACCCGAUAUGAUCGCCUCGCACUUCCUCCACGCUUUCAUUGUAGUCCAAGCCAUUGAGCCAAACACUCCGAACACAAGUUACAAAGUGAGUGUGACGGCAAGGGACGACGUGCCCUUCUUCGGACCGGCGCUACCCAGCCCGGCCAUUUUCAAGAAAGGGCCCGAGUUCAGAGAAUUCUUGCUGACCAAACUCAUCAACGCCGAGAAUGCGUGCUACAAGGCUGAGAAAUUCGCCAAACUAGAGUGUCGAACAAGAGCAUCUUUGCUUGCGUCGUUGGUAGAUGAACUUCGGUUGAAGUCUAUGGAGUUCCUUGGUCAGUCCCCUGUAUCCUCGGCUCCAGACACACCGAAAGCAGACAAGCCUGAUUCGGCAGGCAGCAGGUUCAUCGAGUCAGUGCGCAAAGUGAUAACAAGAAAGAACCCAUCCAACAACUCGGAAACAUCUCUGAACGCAGCCAACAUCAACAACAACAACAUGGUCGGCAUGAAAAAGAUUGCACCAAAAACGCAAGGCAUCAGUGAUCCUAACCAGACCAAUGGAAGACCAAGUUUGAAGAGCACGGGUAGCAAUAGCAGUGACAGCAACGUCAAGAAGACUGGCGGAAAAGACAAUUUGGGCAGUAAUCCAUCCUCACCAGCGUCCAGUCCAGAUAUGCCUACUCAUAGGGCGGCAAGAUUGAAUCUCUCGGAGAGCGACGACUCGUCACUCAACAGUAUUGACCUGGACACUGGCGGCGUCUACAACGGUGAUAGUGACACAGGCCUCGAGAGCAUGUCCAGCGCCGAGACGCCGCACAAGCCCAUCUCGUGCAGUUUCUGCAUGGACGGCAACGGCCAGCAGGAGGUGUGUCCGGAGGCGGCGUCCGCCGUCGAGGCCGAGGUCGCGCGCCAACUGGAGAGCCUGCGCCAAGAAGUCACCAGACUCAAGUGUGACAAACUUGACCUGCUGAGGCAGAAUGUGACCUGCCAGCGUGACAUCAAGAGGCUCAAGGAGCAAGAAAUGCAGUUGCAGAUGGACCUGCACGGGGCCUCCUCCGAGCUGCACCGACUGCGCUCUGUGCUCCGAGAGUGCGUCAGCGGCAGCGAGAGUUCUGCUGUCUAAAAGUGGUUCUGAUUUUUAAUUGAGACGGACUUCAACUGCGAUACAGUGAAGAUAAAAUGUUUUCGUUAAAUUUUUCUAAUUUAUUGUUGGAAAGGCGGCUGCGAAGAGAAUGCCGGCCUUGUAAAAUGAACGUUUUGACGCUGAUUUUUCGAAGCAGUUUUUAUUAGUUUUGACCCAAUCACAGCGACGAUUGAUUUUCAGACAGAGGAAGAAUUGCAAAAAAAACAUUAUUAUCAUUGUACGCAUUAAUGUAUACCCCACUACCAAAGUUGUAUAUAAUACACACGUGUAUUCACAUUAUAGAUUACUCUGUACAGUCAAACAUUUCCUUCUUAUUAUUAUUUUGCUCUGCGAGAAAAUAUAUAUUUAUCUUACUGUGUGAUCUCUGAUUAAUUAUUAAGCGUCAAGAUGCAUAAUUAUGGAUUAAUUUCUGUAUCGCCAACACAUAAUUUAGUUUGUAACUCUAAAAAUGUCUUUGAAUUAAAAUUGAAGCAGUGAUUUCUAUUGAAAAAAGAGGUUCUAAAAUUAUUUUCCGAUUGCGAAAUGAAAGUGGUGACGAGAAUAUUUUUACAAUUAUAUCAUUACGAAGUAGAUUCGACGUUUGCACAAAAUCAGUUAAUCCAAUGGCACCACUCAUCUGGCUAGGCAAACCAAAACAAUGUACGUUUAGACAUGUCAAUGUACAGCCCGGUACAGCCGUUAGUUAUUAUUCUUCAAGGAUAUGAUGAUAAACAUAUAUGAAAGUAGGAUAAAGUAUUAUUGUUUAAUGUGCAUAAAACAACACUUCUAAAUUUCUUUCCUUUUCUGAUUAAAUGAUAAAAUGGCGGUGUGUUAAUUUACCCUUGUUCGUGGUAGAUGCUUUUUGCAAUUGAUGUACCUGAUCUUUUUAGAGCAAAAUUGUAUUGACAAAAAAAAUUAUGUGUUUAGGCCACGAAGGAUUGUGUUGAAAAUAUUUCAUGCAUGCAGGGCUUAAGUCUUAAAUUCUUCAAAGUAUCCGUUUAUCAGUUAUAGCGAGUGUACGGAUGAUGUUAACCGCAUUAUGAUAUCAUAUCUGCACUAAUAUAUUUUUGAAAAGAAAUGAUGAAAUGUUUGUGCGUUCUGUGUAACUGCUGAUCAAAUAGACACCCUCACAGGAAAAACAUAAAACAAUUAUUGCUAAAUAUACCUAAAAAAAAGGCUUACCAAAGGAUAAUGUAUUAAGUAGACGUAUUAAUUUACUGAAUUCCAACAAUGAAACAAAAACAGUCUUGAUGGUCAACGCAACAAUUAUAAUCACGCAAAAGAAAAAGCUGAUAUAUGUAUUGAUUUUUGUUAUGAUUGAAUGUAUGGAAAAAAAUGAAAUGUAAUUGAAUGUAAAUAAAAAUUGGUACACUCAGGUGUCUAAUAAAUCAAGAAUUUUUCUUGAC